ACAAAACACGCACGAGCUUUGAACGAGCAUUUUUACGCAAGAUUGUACCACGUGUUAUCAAUCAGAGAUAAAAAAAAACCUCGUAUUGCUUUUACGCAUCGGCUCGAUGCACAUCCUGCAGAAUCUAAUCAAGUUAUACAAGCGAAGGAUCGAAUUUGCGAAGUUUCGCGGAUUUUCACACUUCAUUUCGUGUAUUCAUAUACGUAUCGCGAAACGCACUUUCGGCAAUUGCAUGCUUAUCUCUACGGAUCGUCGGUCUCGAUUCGCGUCUCGUGUGCGCGACGUUUUAAUAUUUAAAUUACAUCAGCGGUAUAAUUGGAAGCUCCUCGCGCGGUCUACCAGCAGCUGCUCUUUAUCGCCGAAGGCUGACAGGGAGAUCGCGGCUUCUUUAUUUGCUUCGUGAUAAGCGCUUUUCCGUCGCAUUGACAUUGCGGAUCGCGCGCUCGAGAUGUUGCUGCGCGGAAUUGCAUUCGCGGAGGCGCGUCGUAAUUCGGCACGACGCGUCCUUAAAAGCCGCGACAAGACACAGGGCAAUAAUGGAUGCGAAAGAGACGUCGCGUCGGAUGUCUCCCACGAUGGAUUCUUAACGCGACAUAUGCGCACGAUGACAAUGAUGGCUUAUCAAUCCACGGAGCAGCCACUGUCCCCCGUUUUUUCAACCUCGUUUGAAAGCGAGGCGAUAUCGCUCGUCGCCACAGCGUCCAAGCUGGCCACCGUGGAAGAUGUGGGUCCAAAGCGGCCCGAAGGCCCCAUCCGACCAUCCGCCGCCUCCCUAAAGGUUUCACCCACGGCCAGGGCGACUCUCCAGGCAUUACGGUCACCGAAGAGCAAGCUAGUCAUCCCCGUUAGUACCCGCGACGUUGAGACCAUCACGGAUGUAUGCAGCGGAGAAGAGCUACCAGAAGUCGAGAUAAUCAGUCUGUUGGAGGAGCAAAUACCGAGAUAUCGUCUUCGAGCCGAUACCUUAACGCAAUUUCAAGGGUACGAGAACGCCGAUUGGUUUAUUCCGUCACCUGCGCUCAGAUCGGAGGACGUCGAUUUGAAAUUAUCGCCGGAUCAGAUCCGGGAGACUCUUAACUACUUCAUUUAAGGGAGAUCAUUGCGACCUUACGGUUUCUUUACGGAACACCUCGUUGCGCGGAAGGAGUCGAUAUUUAUGCACAGUCAGGUCAGAUGUUCUUAUGACUAUCGACGAUUACGGGAGAGAACGGUAUCUAAGAUGUACCAGUCUAUUUAUUAAUUGGUACGCGAAAGUAUCUCCCUUUCUCCCUAUCUCUAUCAUUCAUCAUUGAGCCUUUCGUUCAUCUCGUUUCUUCUCACACAUUAUACGUCUAUUUAUUAAAUGUCAUUGACAUAACAAAAUAUAUUUUUCUAUUAUAAUUAAAAUUAUAAAAUUAUGAAAAAACUCAGGAUUAAUAAUACGUGUAUAAAAAUACAUAUAAUAAGAAAGGAUAUGAUAUUACAGAUUUGUGUAAAUUAUGUUAUUUUUCUUGUGUAAUUUUAAUUAUAAUAGAAUUUCUAUAUUUAUUUUGUAAAGAUAAUCAGGACUGUAUAUCUCAUUGUAUACAAUGUGUUAUGUUGAUUUAUAUAAAAUACAUACGCUUUUAACGAUACGGUCUAUUUUAAAAUAAGCAAUAUGCGGAAGCAAUAAUACAGAAAAUGAGAGAAAACACAAUAAAAAUAGAGACACGCCCGAUAUCGAUUAGAUUCAUUAGCAAGUACUUAGUAUACAUCGUAUUCUCUUUCGUUAAUCAUUUAUUCAAUUGUUUUUAUAUCUCGUAAUGACAAGUAAAAAGAGAAAUAUAAUAUCUCAACUUGUUUGUGCAGAUAUUUCAAUAAUCAUAGAGGAUAUAAUUAAUACUUAAUGCAACCAAGGAGCCAAUAAAAAAUAUUUAUAUAUUUUUUAAUAUAUUAACUUUCUCUCUCUCUCUCUCUCAUAAAGUUAUCUGCAAAAAUAAUAUUUCGUUCGUUCAUUCAUCUUUAUCAUUGCUUUAUCAUUGCGGGACGAGUUUAUUCGCGCGUCUCUCUAUCGAAUGAUGAUAAGAACUUCUCAUUCCGCCUCUCUCUUACUCUCCCACAUAGGAUUUAAUUAUAUUAUUAUCGGAGGCCACCCCAUUUACACAACUAAUCACCGUUUUCCGUGUUAUUACCGAAGAUAAUAAUGAGAAUCCUCUCACAAUCGCGGGGUGGAGGUAUGCGCGAGAUUUCAUUGUUAGCGCGACACACGUGUCUCUUUUUCUUAUUAUAUUUUGCAUAUACAUCGCCUUUUCCUCGAGCACAGUGCAAAAUGGUGAAACUUCACAAGACGGAAGGAGAAUGAUACGACAGUUUCUUUUCUGUUUCUUUUUUUUUCGGUUCCCACGACAACUCCCUCAUUCUUGUUUUCUGACAUUGCGAGUGAUUUCUCCAUUCAACCUUUCGUCGCAUCCGAUGUAGAAAGUUGUUUGCAGGUUUGUUAUUUAAUUGUACUAUUCAGUAUCGGUUGUUAUCCCUCCUCCCCUUCUCCAUUUGUUUCUCCGAUCGAUUCGAGACGCCACUUUUCUCAUCGGUUGAAGAAACAAGGAAGUCAAACAUACUUCUUAAUGUUGCGACGUAUUAAACAUAGCAAAUAUAUUAAUACGUUUAUUAUGCAGUUAAUGAUUUUAUUUGAUUACCUGUCAUUUACUCAUUAAACCGCGAAGAUGUUCCGCGGUUUUUAUACAGCAUUUUUUUUUCCAGUAAUAAAGUAAAAUCAGCUUCGAGAGUUCUUUAAUGAUAGGAAUAAUGGAUUUUUCCUGUAUUGCAUGAGAAAUGUUAUUUAUAUUAGAGAGUAUAUAUUUAUUUAUAUAAGAGAUAAUAUGUCCAAGAUUCCAAGAUGUACAUUGAGUUUAAUAUAAUUGCCUUCGAUUACUCUUCCGCUCCAACAUUUUUUCUCUAAUCUUUCUCUCACCAAGAAGAUUAAUGUGUUUUAUUUAUAGAUUUUUAUAAUUGUAUAGACAUAAUUGAUCAUAUUUCUAUGUAUUCACUAAGUAUUAUAAGAUCAUUAACUGUGUUGUGCGUGAAGAUAUUCCAAAAAAUUUAAUUCAAAAAUAUUUCAGGCCGUUUGUACCAAUAUCGUUACACGUGAUAAGAUCUAUCUCUUUAAAAAUUUCUCCUAAAGUAUUUAAGUGAGAAAUAAAAUGUAAAAUAUUAGCUUUUGUUAGAUAAUAUAUUAUUUAUUAAUAAUGUAUUAAUAAAUAAAAAUAUAUCUCUCUUGUUAGUGAGUGAGAACUACGGAUGCUAUUUUGCAUUUUAAGGAUUGCAACUACCCGUUAGAUCGUCCAAGCAAAGAGCAAUGCUUUCUCAAGGAAUAUCUUCCAAGCGCGUUCACGGUAUCCUGAAAUAUCAUCUCCUGAAAAUGUCGGAUGCCCCACCUGUACUUAAUAUUCCCGUUUAUCAUCAAUCGUCAAACAAUUCGACAACGCAAUUCGCAUUCCUUUUACCAGUCACGAUUAUCUUGCACGAAAGGAUUAUUGCCUAUCACAAAAUAUGAAUCAGUUUUGACUCAUUGUCAAACAUUUUACAUAGCAAUUGCGCAUUUAAUAAUAAAAUUACGUAACAUGUGAUAUUACAUCAGGCUGCUAAAGAAAAAAAUCGAUCAGAAUGUCAGAUAUAUAAUACUUUUAAUAGAAAUAUGAUGGAUGAGGAAAUUCUUCGAGAGAGAGAGAGAAAAAGAGAGAAUCGUGACCACCUGAAAUAGUUCAUAAUUAAAAACGUUAUACCUUUCAAAAUGAUCACCCCCCUCCCCCAAUGCAACACAUAGUACGACAGAGUAAACCUUGAUCUAAUUCUCCCCAUGUGACAUCACACAUGUCGCCGUUCUCGCCGCAUGCGUACACAUUUACGCAUAUCUUUUUGUAUGAUUUUUCAAUUUUACGUUUAUAUCAGAGUUCUUUUAACAAUAAUUAUGAAUAUUUAAUUUUGCAAAUUUUACACGUUUUCGAUUCUUCGAAAGUGUACGAACAAGUCGAUGUUACAUACGAAUUUAAAUAUCCUGGAUUGUAAAAAAAUGAUUCUCAUAUUUAGCACGCGAUAGAUUGAUAUCGCGCGCAAUUUACAUGCUUCGAAAACAACGUCCGUAAUCUUAUCACCGCCAGCUCGUUGGAGGGUGGUCGCGAUCAACUCCGGGAUCAACGAGCGCAUCCUCGUUUAAUGAAGCUUUCCUCGCUCGUGCUAUCCACCUUGCACGUUCAACGCACUCGACGAACUGGUAGGCAGGAACGGGCUCCGCCAAUCACGUGGCGCGACACUUCAAAACGAACGCUCGCCGGCCGCUUCACGACCGCGUGCAGCUCAGUCACGCUCGUGUAGCCGCGACGUUUGCAUCGUCGCGCGCUCGUGCCGCCGACUUUGUCACGCCCGAUCUCGUCGCGAGGUUAAGCGCGCGACGACGGUUGCGUGCCGCGUUUCCCGUCCAGGGUGCGCGAAGAGACGUUUGACGUAGCGAGGAGAGCACUCGUCGGUCCACAUAGUGCACGGUACGUCGGGCAUGCGCGACAGAAGCCGUUCUCCGGUAGUUGCCGCCCGUAUCCGGAUUCUGCAAGAUCUUACCCCGCUCGUGCGCGCGACGAAGCGACGAGAUUCCCUCCCGCGAGAUGCGUCGCGACUCGACCGCGUUAUCGCGUUAUCGUCGACGCUCGAGCAUCGUUGAUGACCUCGCGACGGGCGUUCUUCCAGCGCUCGAAAGGAAACUGGAUUACCGAAAAUCUCGAAGCUUAACUCGAUCUCGACAAUCCGGUGUGGUGCCUAGGUUAGGUCGCUCUGGAAGCAGGAAAUUGGCCACGAACGGAUCGAAUCCGCUCUUUUCCAUCACCGUACGUACACGCACAUAUACGUGCCUAGAAGACGAAUUAUCACUUCCGUCGAGAGACGAAACGCGUCACGUGCUCGUGAUAUUCGAGAUAUACGAAAUGUGAAAGAAUUCCACGAAGUGGUGACGAGGAAUUGGAUUAACACAUUUACGAGCGAGAAAAACAUCGAAGAAUUAUCGCCGAGAGCAACGAUUGGCAAUUUAUCUUACUCGUAUAUUUCUUUUUCAUUAGAUUUUAUUAAUCAUGACCAUGGAACAGAGUCAACUUUGCUAUAAAGUUACUGCUUCUAAAUUGUCAUUAUACUUCAUUUUUUUAUAAUCUUUUUAUAUUUUAUAGAAAGCACGUUACGUUUAUAUUUUUUUUUUUUU